AGAAUGAAAGAAAAGAAGAAUAAGUAACAAAAAAAACCAACAGAAGCUCCCUUACUACAAGGGGCGCAAACAGAAGCAUCCGUGAGCAGAAGAAAAGAGAGAGAGCCAGCCAUGGAAUACUCCUACCCACAAACCCAUCAAGAAGACCACACCCAAUACCAACAAUACCAACAAUACCAACAACAACAACAACAACAAGAAGCAGCAGCAGCAUAUGACCCAUCAAGAAUUCAAGCCUACGACCACUCAUAUCAAUCCUAUUAUCCCUACAAUCAUCAACAACAACAAUAUGAAUAUGACCAGCACCAAUACCAGCAAUAUUACAAUCCCACUCAAGAUUACAGAAAUUCCUACGACACCACCACCACCACCACCCAACAUCAAUUCCAUCAAGAACCCACUUCGAUUCAUCCUCCUGGGGUCCCAAUCCCACCUGAACCGCCACACAGCGCGGAUCCCGGGCAUACCCAUUUGCAGAAUGCGUAUUAUGCACAUGGGGUUGUUGAAGAUCAGCAGCAGCAGCAAAUGAAUUCGGGUUCGGGGGGAUUGAUGCCGGCUGCUGUGGCUGCACUUUCGCAGCUGACGCAACUUUCUGCGAACAUGGAUGCGGCGCAGAGGGCCACUCAACCGCCGAUUGGGCAAACUCCAUAUAGAGGUGGAGGUAGGAGGGGCAAUAGGCCCUUCCGAGGGGGUGGUCGGGGCCAUUUUGGUUACCAUGGUUCUAGACCAGAUGGCUCAGCCCACCCUUUCCGCGGUAGGGGACGUGGCCAGGGUGGUGGUAGACACUUUCCACAGUAUGGUGCUGCAUCAAACAAUCUAAAUUCAGCAUCUGUACCUGCUGAAGGUGUAGCUGCUUUAAUGCAGCCGCCUUCAGCAUUGGUUCCCGGGCAGGCACCAUUACCUGUACCAACACAAGUGUCUUCUACUUCAUUCUGGCGACCUCCUCGUAUGGCUUGGUGUGAACUUUGUAGGGUUGACUGCAACACUCCUGAAAUCCUUGAGCAGCAUAAAAAUGGAAAGCGACACAAAAAAUAUAUGCAGGUAUAUGAGGAGUUGCAGAAACUCAACAAAGUCAAAACUGAACAGCAGAAUGCUCAAAUGCCCAACACUGAAUUAAAAACAGAAGUUGGUCAACCUGUGAAAGUUGAGGGAUUUGAGGAAAAACAACCCUUACAAGAAAAUCUUACUUCUGAAGUAGUUACUGAUAAUAAUAGAAAUGAAACAGAUCAGAAAGAUACUGGGGCCAAUUCUGAAGCUUCUGCAGGACCUGGGAACAAGUCCGGGGAUCACUUUGCAGCUCGGGGACGUGGUUUCAAGCGUAGGAUGAGGGGGGGGCGAGGGGGUAAGUAUAUGAGGACUAAUGAAGGAUCACGAAGACCAGUUGAGCCUCCCAAACCGAAACAAGUGAUUCCUUUUAUAUGUGAAUUGUGCAAUAUCAAGUGUGAGUCACAGGUGGUUUUUGAUAGUCAUUUGAGUGGUAAAAAGCACCUAGCCACCCUUAAAAGGUUUCAUGGCCACCGUGCUUUGUAUGGAGAAGUGGGGCUUCAAGCACUUUACCCAUCUAACUUCAAUGCCGCCUCAACUUCAGCCACCCCAACUUCAGCCGCCCCAACUGUCCAGCAAGGUGACAAUGAUCCUCAAGCCCUCUUGGCCCAAUUGUUGAUGACUUAUGUGCUCACUCAAACCCAAGCACAAGGGUCAUCACCAGCUCCAGCGCCUGCAUCUGCACCAGUCGGAACCCACAAUCAGCUCGAGUUGAUUCAAGGAUUGCAAGCGAUGUGUCAAGAUGGGAGCCAAAAUGCGGUUAUCUUGGAACUCAAACGUCAGCUGCAAUGUGCAGCGGCUGGGAACCCAGAAACAAACACUGGGAAUGGAACAUCAGAGUUUGAAGCGAAGGAGGUAAGCUUACCUAUAAGUAGAACGUCAGAGUUUGAAGCAAAGGAGGUAAGCGUUCCUAUAAGUAGAACAUCAGAGUUUGAAGCAAAGGAGGUAAGCGUUCCUAUAAGUACGUCAGUUGUGUCGUCAGCAGAGAAUCCAGUCACAAGCGAGCAAGUUUCUCAGACAGCAUCAGAUAAAGAGUGUGGAGCUGCCCCCUCAGAUCCAAUUUUUCAGCCAAAAGCUGAAAACCAAAUGCAGGAACCAGAGUCCAAGAAAGAAGAGCGAACUGAAUAGAUGCAGUUACAUAUUUGUUGGGGAAACCACCGAGCAAAGUGAGGUCCUAAGCUAGGCCCUUCAAUGACUGAAUAAGAUACACUCAUUUCAGCCAUGGUACAGUUUUAUUUUACAUUGAACUAAAUGGUUAUGUUCUUUUGUAUAACACAUGUUUUGGUAGUGGGACGUUCAGAAUUACCCAUGUCUUUACCUUUUUGCUGAAUAUACAUCUCAUUAGCAUCUAUCGAUUAGCCGUUUUGCUGUUUUGCCCUAUGGGUAUGUUAUGUAUGUAUGCUGACUAGUAAAGUUCCCAUUU